CAGGCGCAGGCGCGGCGAGGAUGCGCUGAGACCGCGCGACCAGUCGCGAACUGCGGGUCACCCUUCACCCGCGUGCCCCAACUACAUAAAAACAUUUAAACCUGACGUAAACAUAACUCUUUGGAGGUUUAUUUAAACUUAUAAACUUAUCCGUAUACACUUUAAAAAAACGAACUCGGAUUUAGUUAUUUUAAAAUUAAAUUUAGCAAUUUAUUAUUAAAUGUCCUUUAACUUUACAAUCUAAUUUAUUUGUGGUAAUAUCCUUGCACGCGCCUAUAUGUGAAAUCAAACGUUUUGACACACAUUUCAUUUGAUCAAAAUGGAGAAAUCCUCGGGAAAUAUUGGAAAACCAGUGGCAGCGGAAGUAGUGUCUCCGGCAAGUGAGGGUUUUGACACGGAGCGGCUGAUGCGAGAGUUGGGCCAAGGCCGGCUGUUCCACCUGAUGAACUAUGGUCUCCUGGCCGUCACCGUGUUCAUGGCCGCCAUCUACGGGAUUAACUACGUGUUCCUGGCUGGCGAUGUGUCCUACAGAUGCGUGGUCCCCGAGUGUGAGUUGUCCAACAGCACGGAGUACCACCCCGCCUGGCUGGCCGGCGCGCUGCCCCCCGCCGGCCGCCAGCAGCGCUGCUCGCGCCGGGAGCCGCUGGGCGCGGCGGCGGGCUGCGGCGCGGGCACCGCCUUCGCGGAGGAGCUGCGGCCGUGUGACCAGUGGCUCUAUGCUUCCUGGGAUACGAUAGUUGCUGAGUUUAACUUGGCAUGUCAAGAGUGGAAGCGCACCCUGGUGGGCACCAUCCAUAAUGUGGGCAUGCUGGUCUCGCUGCCCAUUCUUGGAUACAUAUCAGAUCGUUGGGGCCGCAAACGCGCGCUGAUCCUCAGUUGUACCUUAGUGGGGGCCAUCGGGUCGCUGAAGGCGUUCUCCGUCUCGUACGAGAUGUACGUCGUCAUAGAGUUCCUCGAGACCGUCGCCGGGGCCAGCGCCUUCCCCGCCGCCUAUAUUCUCACAAUUGAACUCUUGGGCCAAGAUAAGCGAGUGCUGACGACGGCCUUCCUUGGCAUAAUGUUGGUAUUGGGCGGCCUUAGCUUUGCUCUCCUCGCCAAAACCUUCCACUACUGGCGCACAUUCAUCAUAGUUGUCUACCCGCCCUCGUUACUAUUCAUAUCCUACAUCUACUUACUGCCUGAGAGUAUUCGCUGGUUGCUCUCCAAAGGCCGGAAAGAAGAAGCGGUUGAGAUUAUAAUGAGGGCAGCAAAGAUGAACAACGUCACGUUGUCGGAGGAGACAAUGAAGCAACUCACGGAAGAAAAGCCCAAAGAGACGAAGAAAGAAGAGAAACAAGAGGAGAGUGGUCUGUGGAUGCAGGUGCUGCGUUCUCCAAUCAUCAUGACACGCCUUGCCAUUUGCUCCUGGUGGUGGAUUACUUGCACCUUCGUCUUCUACGGUCUCGCCAUCAACAGCGUCUCUCUGGCGGGGGACAAGUACACCAACUACAUGUUGGUGGUGAGCGUGGAGGUGGUGGCGGUGGUCACCAACGCGCUGGUGCUGGACCGCGUGGGCAGGAAGCGGACGCUGCUGGUCGCGUACACUGUUUGUGGGUUGUCCUGUGUCGCUAUCGCUUUUGUUCCUAAAAGCCUGGCGUGGCUAGCGACCUUGCUGUACUUGGUGGGCAAGAUCGCCAUCACGCAGGCCUUCAGCGGCAUCUACAUGUACACGUCGGAGCUGUUCCCCACGCACGCGCGCCACUCGCUGCUCGGCUUCUGCUCCAUGGUGGGCAGGAUUGGCUCCAUCGUGGCUCCGCAGAUGCCGCUAUUGGCAAUAUACGUAGAGUGGCUGCCGUCAGUGCUGUUCGGGGCGACGGCGUUAAUCGCAGGCGCGUUGAUGCUGACCACUCCCGAGACCCUGAACACGAGGCUCCCCGACACCAUCCAGGAAGCGGAGCAGAUCAAGAACCAGCCACGAAGCAACGAGAUGCAGAUGAAUAAUACCAGUUAACCAACAACCAUGUCUAGUGUGUCUUUAAAGAUAGUCUAACAGAAGAUGACUAAAAUAUUUUUGACAAUCUCACAGAUUACCCAAUUGAGUGAGCUAAGGUAGCUAGAGAUAGUUUAAGUUUGGUUGCCGGAGAUGAGUGUGUGAGAUCUGAUAGCAUUAAGCAGCACGAAUAUCUGGUACGGAUUUAUAAUAUGGGUGAUUUACUUUACUUGAGACUUUGUCUAGAGAAAAUAUACCCUCUAGUUGUUAAAGUAUUAUAAUAAAAGUGAUAAGUGAAAGAUUUACAUUGUUAUCAAUAAAAAUAGGUAAUAUUCAUAUACAAGUUUUAUGCCAACUCAUGUUUUUAGGAUUACUAUUAUUCACUACGAUUUUGACAACAUAUGUUUGGUGCGGAAUGAUUGUUAUGGUUAUUGUGCUGUGAUAUUCAUAUUCAUUAAAAGAUAAAAUUUCAAUUUAUAGAUUCUUUUUCGACGUUUGAAUGUACUCUGUUUUCAUAAGACAGUGAAAAAACUAUUUGUCAGCAAACUACCUACUGCCUACUAAGAUAUUUGAGAUCCUUAAUAAUCAAUUUUGAAAUUGAAUCAAUCAUUAUAUUUUUAUUUGAAGUAUCAAUGAUUAUGGUUAUUUCAAUCCAAAUAUGCAUAAAAUUAUAAUAUUGCCAAAAUUAAUACCAGGUCGUAAAGGCCUUGAAUCAACCUUGUAACUUCAACGUAUUUGUUGGAUAUUAAUAUAAGCUGACCUGACCUUGUCCGUAUCAAUAAAUUAUUACAAUUCGUAGGUAUAUAUGUUAUUAGGACGUUAAUGCGUUAUCUAAUUGAUAUUUCAAAGUGAUUUGUGAUAAGUUCCCAAACUAUUGCUCUGUUUUGUUUUGUUUCGGGGUAAAGAUUCAUAUUCAAAUUUUUUAUUAAUUAUACAUAUUAUGGGAAAUCUCGUACAUCAGUUUAGUCUCUCGCAUACACUAAAGAGAUUCUAGUAUCAUUAACAUUUGUAAAAUUUUUGUCAAAUUGUUUUGUAGGUUUUUUAUGGUAUAACUUACCGUAACUUCAAAUUAUAUGUACAUAUGUAUGUGUUUGAUAAUGUUUUCGAUCUUUCAUUUCAACUGUGAAAAUAUUUAAUGUACAAUGCUGGUUGAGUCAGCUAUUUAAUGUAAAGCAUAAUUAAUAGACUAUUUAUUUAGUAAAUAAAUGACAUUAAAUUAUACAGAUUCA